CUGACAUUGACAAGGUAUUAUUAAAAAAAAAAAUUUUUGAAUCUUACACUACAAUAAAAUGAUUGGAUGUAAUCCACUUAAAUGCCUUUGUUGCUGUUGCAAGAUCCCUCAAAGAGUAGUAUUAGCUAUCCUGCUUCAUUUGGCGCUACAAAAUAGCUACAACAUGAGGGUAGCGCUUAACUUAGCUAUCAAUGAGAUGGUCGAGCCUCCUGUUGUGACCAACAUUACGGAUGUUGCAUGUCCUAUGUUUCAGUUAAAUGAAAAGCCUCGUAAGGGUGGAAAGUAUCCAUGGCCCCGUGAAGCAGAAGCUAGAAUUCUAUACGCUUUUUACGGCGGAUACGCAAUAAGUCAUGUACCAUUCGGUUAUAUAGCUGACAGUUAUGGAGCCCGACAUGUCCUAGGCUCUUCCAUGAUCGCAUCUGUCGUUUUAACAAUAAUCUUCCCAAUAUGUAUUCAAUAUGGAGGUGAAUGGACUGCCUUUGUUUUAAGAUUUCUCAUUGGAAUUGCGCAGGGAGCAGUCUUACCAGCAAUAGCAUCAAUGGUAAGCCGCUGGAUUCCAGAUUUCGAACGGCCCUUCUUGGGGUCUUUGGCUUAUUCUGGUAGUAACUUGGGACCUAUUUUGACCUACGCCUUUACAGGUCUAAUUAUAGAAGGCACGAAUGACUGGCGCAAUGCUUUUUACGUAUGGGCGGGAAUCUCGGGUAUUUACGUAAUACUUCACUACUUAUAUAUGUUUUCAUUUCCCAAUACUCACCCUUUCUUACUAAAAGAAGAGUUGACGUACCUUGAGGAAACAGUAGUUGUAGCGCAUAGGAAAAAAACCCCCUGGACAAAAAUCUUGUUGUGCGUGCCAGUCUGGGCCAACAUAGCCGGACACUCUGGACACAACUACAUAUUCUAUAUGAUGGCGACAUUUUUGCCAACGUACAUGAAGGACAUUUUGCGAUUUAAUAUCACAGAGAACGGGAUGCUUAGUGCCAUCCCGUUUCUAUGUCUCUGGAUGGGCUCCUUGGGCAUUGGAGCCCUCGCCAAUUGUAUUAUUAAUAAGGGCUGGAUCAGUCGAUAUAACUUUGGACGGAUAUUUGGAACAAUGGGUAACUGGGGUUCAGCUCUUAUUAUAUUGGGUGCAGUCUACGCAGGAUGCAAUCGAGAACUCGUCGUCAGUCUCUUUUGCAUUGCUAUGGUAUUUAAAUCCUUAUAUUACAUGACGAUGACCAAUAACAUCAAUGAAUUAUCAAGAAAUUAUGGAGGAAUUAUUUUUGCUAUUAAUAACGGACUGAACUGUAUGACCGCUAUAAUAGGUGGACUGAUUGUUGGAGCAGUGACUAAAAAUAGACGUUUGUCAGAAUGGAGAAUCGUCUUCUGGAUAAUGUUUGGCUGGGCGAUCUUAUCCUCUAUAGUCUAUAUAAUUUGGAGCUCUAGCGAAAGGCAGGAGUUUGAUUUUGAAGAACAGGAAACACCCAAAAACUAAGUCUACACCUAAUAAAAUGAACUAAACUUACAGCAUCUUGGAAUAUCUUCUUUGGGAAUCUCGGAUCGUCUUGAUUACUGGAUAGUCUAACGGGUUCCAAGGAGUUAGCAACGUACUUUGGCACCUCAACUCCAUUUUUAAUUUUUUGCACUUUAAUCUCUCCGUUUUCCGACCGGGAGUCUAGGACUAUAUAAAGCUGUAUGUCUUCUGAUGGGGAUUUGGACUUUUCUACUGUAUAUAGCCUAAAGUAAAAAUUUAAUUAAUUCGGAUUAAUUGUAAUUGGUGUAAAGUAGUACCUGAAGCCAUCAGCGCCAACCGCAGAUGAGAUACAAUUAGAUAAUUCCCAUAAUACGUG